CUCUCUCUCUCUCUCUCUCUCUCUCUCUCUCUCUCUCUGUACUAGUUUCCCGGCUAACCACAAGCAGUUUUCAGGCGACCCAUAAAUGGAGAAAGAGCCAUUACUUCCUUAUCUAAGAGUACAAAAACCUCUACAGCUAUCCUCAACACCUCCUUCUCUCUCCCCUCUACCAGAGGAAGGUGAACUAACCCUUCUUCCCUUAACCCCAUCAGAGCUCAAAGACCGAAUCAUCUUCGGUCCAUCAUCUCCUCCUCAUUCCACUGACCCAUCUUCAAUCCUCACAGAUGCCCUAAAUCUAACCAUAAAUUCUCCUUGCCCAGUUGAUUCACAGCAGUCACAAGUAUGGGUAACAGAACCCAAUCACCAUUGGACCAAAAAAAAUCUUCAUCGCUGCAAAACAGCCCCUGCCAUGGCCGUCAUCAACGACGUCCACCACUCUUCAAUCCCAAAACCCAAAUUUGCUUCUGUAUCAAUUGUUCGCCAGGGUUUCAUCCUUCUUGUAAUCUAUAUCUCACUUGGGGUUCUAAUCUAUUCCUUCAAUCGGAAAAAUUUCACGGCGACUGAAACCCAUCCAAUCGUUGAUGCCCUAUACUUCUGUGUCGUCACCAUGUGCACAAUUGGGUAUGGUGAUAUCACCCCUAAUUCGACAUCGACGAAGCUGUUCUCGAUUAUGUUUGUUUUGGUUGGAUUUGGGUUCAUUGAUAUCUUGCUUACGGGUAUGGUGAGUUACGUCCUUGAUUUGCAGGAGAGUUUGCUUUUGAGUACAGUUAAGGGGAGGGGAGAGCAUGAUGCGAGGUCUUAUUUGGUUGAUGUGAAGAAGGGCAGGAUGAGGAUUAGAAUGAAGGUAGCCUUGGCUUUGGGGGUUGUGAUUCUUUGCAUUGGCAUUGGUACUGGUGUUAUGCAUUUUGUGGAGAACCUUGGGUUGUUGGAUUCGUUUUAUCUCUCGGUGAUGUCUGUUACUACGGUUGGGUAUGGUGAUCAAGCAUUUAACUCCCUGCCUGGUCGUCUGUUUGCCUCAAUUUGGCUUCUGGUCUCUACAUUGGCUGUUGCUCGAGCCUUCCUUUAUCUGGCUGAGGCUCGAAUUGAUAAGCGGCAUAGGAUGAUGGCUAAAUGGGUGCUCCGUCAGGAUAUGACUGUCUCUCAGUUUCUCGCUGCAGACAUUGAUAACAAUGGUUUCGUGAGUAAAUCAGAGUAUGUGAUAUACAAGCUAAAGGAGAUGGGAAAGGUAGCAGAGAAAGACAUUCUACAGAUCUGCAACCAAUUUGAUAGACUAGACACUGGCAAUUGUGGGAAGAUCACACUUGCUGAUCUCAUGCAAGGACAUCAAUGAUUGAUCCCAGGGUGGGUUCCUCCAAUGGAGAAAAAUUGUGGCCCUAUUGGAACAAAAGUGGCAACACCAUUGGGGUUCUUGAAGAAAAGAAGAGACUCCAUUUUGUUAGUGAAGCCAGGUCAAAUGUGGGCCUUAUAUUGGUUGUAAGCAGCGAGAAAGGAGGUCUGUCUACACCAUAUAAGUAAUUUGAAUAGUAAAAAUUGUAAAGGUUAAUGCAAUUAUGCUCAAUUAAUUGAAAUUUAAAUUGUUUGAUCAAA